AUGAUACUGUUCUCACCAGCCGUUGGUGAUCCUUCAAUGAGUAAGGUCCUAACUUUUAUAUGGAUUUUCCGUUUUGGUGUACUGGUGUAUGGAGACGAUUGCCGAGUGAUUCAGUUUAAAGCAGGAACGAAAAACAAGAUCUUAACAAAACACGUCAUAAGAAGUGAACAAGCAAAAGACAGGGAUAUCUGCGAGUUCAAAUGCUACUUUGAACCAAACUGUGUGUCCUAUAACUAUGGUCCUCUGGGAGAUGAAGCAUUCACAUGCGAGCUAAAUAACAGAACUCAUUUGCAAGUCUCUCCCAGUUACUUCGAAUAUAGGAACGGCUCUUUAUACAGAGCAAUCAUUAAUUCCUGUGAGAGCAAUCCGUGUGUUAGUCACUCUACAUGUCAAGCAGGGUUUGGUAGUCAUGGUUACCGCUGUAUUUGUUCCGAUGGAUAUGAAGGAGGGCUUUGCCAAAUAGAUAUCGAUGAGUGUAGCGAUGGAAGCCAUGACUGUCACUUUGCAGCCGAUUGUACAAACACCGCUGGAUCAUUCGACUGCAGCUGUCAGUCUGGACACCUUGGAGAUGGACGGCACUUUUGCUCAGAUAACUGGAAAAAGGUCAACCUCGAUCCUGUCUGUUUUGGGACAAAAGAUGACGACCACGGAUCUUUUCAUAUCCAAGAAGCCGGUCAAAUCUACACAUUUAAACUUGUCCAUACAAGUGGCUCCGUUACAUGCGACACUAAUCGCUCACCGACGAAAUGGGGAUGCUUACGGCCAGAAUACGGAAAUUAUAACCUGAUGACAGUGAUAACAUACAGCAACAAAACUGUUCUUCCACUUGCUGAAUUCGUGAAAAGUAACGCCGAAAACAAACUGUAUACUUACCAACUUGAUGGUGCUGAUGUCAACUCUCCCACGCUUGUGUUUAAUUUUCUCCCCAUGCCCUUGGUUGUAUCUGUUGGCCAACAGUUCCAAAUUUGGUAUGCGCAUGACUUGGUUGGUUCUACCGAGCAUAAUAACGAUGGUGAGACAUGUGCGGACGUUUAUGCUUUGUACCUUUUAAACUGAAAUUCAGCAUUGAACUAAACCUGAGAUUUGGAAGGUCGAAAGUUUAUUUAUGGAGAUCAAAGUUUUAAUUUGAUUUAACAAGAUCAAGUUAGAGUCAAAUUGAGAGAAGAAAAAGUACGCCUGAAAGAUUAUUAAAAUGUCAUGGGGGAGAGGGUGAAAAUAGGCGUGUGUUGCUGUUUUGAAGGCUAGAGCGUAAUCUUCGAAGAUCAUUUGGCCAGCAUGCCUACUCAUGCCUACCGAAAGUGAAUAUAAAGCGCGUACUAUUAAGUUAGAAGUCAGCCCACCAGAUUAACUCAAAGUAAAUUAGAGUCGAUCAGAGAGAGAAUCAGAGUUUAUCAGUCAGUCUGAGUUAUAACGAGUUAAGUCAAGAGGGAUGCAUUUUCUGUAAGUAUAAUUGUAUAAGAGAACAUAUAUCAAAGAAGAUUGAAAAGGACGGAUCGAGGAUCCUUGGUGCCUUUCGCCGAGCGAAGUUCCAUCUGCAGUAUUUCAGAAACCUUUUCUACAGCGGUUGCUAUAAUUAUUAUUUAGAAAGUUGAGACCUGAACAAUACCAGAUAUAACGUUCUCAUACCAAUGUAGUUAGAUUUUAGCAUUAGCUUGGAAGAGAAGUGUCAAAUACAUUUAAUCAGUGUGGUUUCAAGUAAAAGAAGGGGCCGAGAAAAAUUCAUUUAACAUUUUAAAAAUUAAGAGACCUUCUUAAAUUUAUCAUCAUGUGAUAAAUUUAUAAUAUAAUGUGAUAUGUAACCAAGUUCCAAUUAAUUUCAGUCACUGCUGUUAUUUGGGAAUGAUAAUAGAAGACGGAUUGAAUAAAUUCCACAUGUUUGUCGGUCUCUUUCGAGCUCGCAUUUUGUUCAGUUCUAGUAAUUCUGAGUAAUUUUCAUUUUGAAUGGUAUACGCGCUAUUUGAAUGGUAGAAUUGCCAAAAGUGAAUUUAAAAAAAUCGAAUAUUUGGAAGUACUUUACCAUUUUUUAAUCCAUAGAUUCGAGAUGGCCAAUUAAAAAAAAAUAGUUGUGUAUUGGA